AUAUUCGUCAACCGGUACGCAGUUUCGAAAACUUACUGGCUUGUGGAUGUUUUGGUGGUGGUACGUAUUACCUGUUAUCCUGCUUACGAAUGCACCUAAUUACUGUGCAUCAGUUGUUUUGGUUGCAAAUGAUGCUAACUUUGACUCAUUAAUAUCUGAAUAUGAUGUAGCAUUACUGAAAUUCUCAGAAGAUUGGUGUUAUUAUAGCCAAUUGUUAGCGCCAAUCUAUGAACAAGCCUCGGAGAAGGUUACUGAAUUGACAAAAAGUCGUAAAUUUGCUUUUAUCUCAAUAGACUGUAAAAAAAGUCAAAAUCUAUGCGCCAAAUAUUAUAUCCGUAAAUAUCCUACAAUUAAAAUUACAAAAUAUGGUAAAAUGCUAAAAAGUGAAUAUCGUAAUGAAAGAAGUGUGGAGGCAUUUGUUAAAUUCGUUGAAGAUAACCUAAAGUUUCCAGUUGAAAUUAUCGAUGGUCAUCGGGAUAAACCGGGAAAAAUUUUGGAUAGUUGGGUUGAUAAAAAUGUUGAAACAAAAUGUAUAUUGGCAUUGGUUGAUAAGUUGGAUACUUCUCAUAUAGAUUUAUUUAAAAAAGUCUCUGCUAUUGAAGAAAACUCAUGUAAAUUUUACAUAUAUUAUAAUUUAACAACGAAUGAUGAACGACUUGCAAUGUACGAUACUAUAGCUUCUAAAAUUAAAUCAUUAACCAUUUUGAAAAAUGCCGAUCUUAAUGCAAUACAUAAUUGGGUAAAGAAUCAAUGCAAUAGUUUAGUACGUGAAAUUACAUUUAGUAAUGCAGAAGAAAUCACUGAAACACGUAUACCAUUAAUGUUAUUAUUUUAUAAUCCAGAUAAUAAAACAAUUGUUAAUCGUUUCAUAGAAUUUGUCAUUUCACAUUUAAGUCAUCAUCAAUCCACAAUCAAUUUUGUAACAGCGGACGGAACCACUUUUGCGCAUCCAUUAGCUCAUCUAGGCAAAUCUAAAGAAGAUCUACCGUUUAUCUGUUUAGAUUCAUUUGCACAUAUGUAUGUAUAUCCUGGAUCAGUAGAGAUGGCAUUAAGUGAUCCAAAGCACUUGGAUCAGUUUAUUGAAGAUCUAAAAUCUGGAAAACUACACAUGGAAUAUCAUUAUGGACCAAGCAGUCAAACAUCGACUACAUCUCCAAAAACCGAGGAUGACGAAUCAGUCAAAGUAGGUGAUCCAACAUUUAAUUUAUCUACGCCCUCUAACACUACUCAAAUAAUUUUAUCAACUACACCACAUGUUUCUGUAUUCCAACUUUUAAGUCCAUCAAGAAGGCGAUAUACAUUUAAACAUGAUGAAUUCUAACAAAAUAGAAACAUAUAGGUAUAUAUAUAUAUAAUCUGGCAUCCUGUAAUUUUGUUCAUAUGACACAUCUUUUUUUUGAAUACAUUAAACCUAUAGAAUUGGGAAAAGGAACAUGAUUGAUGUUUUGUGCUCUGUUCUCACUAUUUCCCUCUGUCUACAAAUAUGUUAUUUUCUACAGGAUCAAUUUUAUAUUUUCUUUACUUACAAAUGUUUGUAUGUGUGUAAUGUUAUUGCAUGUGUACAUGGUGUAUACACAUGAAUUUUGUCCACUUCUUGUUGUUCUUCUCAUCAUCCUCAUUCUCUAAGUAAGUAUCAUUACUUUGAAUUAAACAAUCACUAUUCUGUUUGUUUUAUUUUCUUCCCUUAAGAGUCAUUUUGUUGUCGUACAUUUUUUUCUAAUAAAAAAAAUAAUAAUAAUUGAAUAAAUCAAUCAUGAUUCGAAUAGACAACAAUAUGACUGUGAAUCUGUUGGAAAAGAGAGAUGAAGAAUGUUCUAAAAGUUGUUUGUCACUGCUCAGUUUAAAUCUACUUUUCUUUCUCCCUCUCUUUUUUUCUUUUUCUAAAUAUCUUGUUAUACUUUCAAACUGUGUUACUUUGAGUAGUAAAGUAUUUUGUUCAUUGAUUUAACUAGUUCACUCACUAUGUGCUGUACUCUUUUAUUGAAAAAGAAAAAGUUUUUUGUAAUUAUAUCAUUUCUUUUCUAAUUAUUAUUGUUAUUGUCUUUCAUAGUUUGUUAUUUCUUAUUACUGCUAAUAUUAUAAUUGCUAUGGAUGACUAUGUGUACGUGUGUGUGUGUGUGUUGUACGUUGAAAUAGUUCACUUCUUUAGGUGUAUAAUGGUAUGGUUUAAUAACUCUAUCAUAAAUUGUAAUAAAAUCGCGUGAUUGUGUGUGCACACUCCCCCCUUCCCCUCCCACACACACAUACAAACGCUGUAGAGUGAGUAAAUUAUAGUGAAAAUGAUCAAGAAAGAAACAGAGUAUAGAAAUCAUAUAAUUUACUGAAUGUGGUUAACGACUAAGCUGAGAGUUUGUUUGUUCUUUCAGUAGUUUGCCUUUCGUUUUUUUUCUCUCUCUCUCUCUCUCUCUCGCACAAAAAUGCUACUUUUAUGAUCAAUUUCAUGGUGAAUUAGAGAUCUGUAUUUCCUUUUUAUUUUGUUAACCGGAUGAAGGGGUUUUUUUGUAAUUGUAAUGUCUGAACUUAUAUUAUACUUACCGUACACAGUAACAAUAAUAAACAAAUUCUAACGUGUGGAAA